ACAAUCCUCAAGUUAUUUUCAAUUGAAAACUCAAAGUGAAAUGUUGGUCCCAAGUCAUAUAUAAUAAUUAACAAUGACUACUUAAUAUUAUAUACAAUUUUUAUUAUGAGAUCUUUAUCUGUAUAUGUGAAAUUGGCAAGAAAGUAAAUCAGCUACCGAUAUGGAUUUAAGAAACAAAAAUAAAUUCUUUCAGACACUCAUUUGUGGACUCAGUGUGGACUGUUCGUAGACAACAACGACUAUAUAGCCACCUGAGUGCGUUAUUCGUCUGUGACAAAUUACCUAGAUAAGAAAUGAGAUAAAUUACAUAGACAAAGUGAUAAUUCAUAAUUGUAAUACUGAUUCAGUUACCAGUUUAAUUUAAUAAUUCCAUAUCAGUUUGGGCGGCUUAGAGCCAAGUAUGUGCACUAUUGCCGUAUAAAAGGCUGUGAACAGUUUAUACAUUCCUUAAAAUAUUGUUUGACCGUCAGUAAGUUUGUAUAUUGAACUUAAACAGUAGAAACGAUUGGUUGGAACAUUACCGCUUAAAACUAUUCACAAAAUGGACAGUCCUUGUAGGAUGAACAUGUAUUUCCACGCCCGUGCCUGCGAAAAGAUCCUAUGGGACAGUUGGCAAGCUUAUACAGUUCCAAAGUUCGUGGGGUCCUGCAUUGCAAUUGCUAUAAUAACAUUCGCAUAUGAAGGCUUGAAAUUCGUACGAGAUUGGCUCCAUAUGAAGAAUAUGGAAGCUGAAAAAUCGGUGCUUUUGUCGAAGGAGAACCAUAGCGGGUCUACGGAAUGUUGUGCAGCCCCAAGGCAGCGGACUGUUCUCCAACAAAUGUUUAAUUGGCCGCAUGUAAUCCAGACUCUAUUACAUAUGAUUCAAGUAACCAUUUCCUAUGCAUUGAUGAUGAUCAUUAUGCUAUGCAAUUAUUGGCUGUGGUUGGCGAUUAUACUUGGGGCAGGUGCCGGUUAUUUCUGCUUUGGCUGGAUCAAGAAAAACAAGGCGGGCGGAAGUGAGUGCUGCUACUAAGCUAAGCUCAUUUAAGGGCUUGCUUUGUUUGGUAUUCGUAAGACUAAGCAUCGCUCCGAUUCCCGCUCUUUCGUGGAGUUUUCUCCAUAAUGAUAAGAUGGUAAGGGCCCAGUAAAUUCCGCAACCAAAACGCUUUAGAACCGUUUUCUCGGUUUUACAUGUAAUGGUGGAUAGUUAGUAAACUCAGUUUUCUUUAUACAAUAUGUUAACAAUUUUGUUGUGAAAGAUUCAAAUACUCCCAUGCUUGUUAUUGUUAAUUAACAUUAAGUAACUCCCAUUGUAGUGAUAAAUUAAGUAUGAAUAAGGCGAUUAUAUUUAUCAAUGUUCGUACUAGAAUGCAAACAAGUUUUACAAGAAAUAGAAUAUAAGAUGGCAGAUAACCGUAUUCCAAACAAUUUUCAUAGAAUUUCUAAGAAUUUUAAUAAAAUUUGCAUGCUUACGUUAAGUAA